AUGGCUCAUCUCAUGGCAAACGGGCUUAACAUCCGAGGGCAGAACGCACCCUUGCCUCCUUGGGCCCAUUCCAUGUUCAGGUCCCUGGGGAGGUGCCUGGACCCUAUAGUGUUCGCUUUAACAGAGAAAAACUUGAAGCCAUUCUCGGGGAGGGUGGUGCCAGCUCAGGGGGAAGAAACCUUUGAAAACUGGCUAGCACAGGUCAAUGAUGUCCUGCCAGAUUGGAACACCUCUGAGGAGGAAAAGCUCAGGCGCUUGAUGAAAACCCUCCAGGGCCCUGCCAAGGAUGUCAUGCGCAUGCUCCAGACAGCCAACCCCAACCUAACUGUUGCAGAUUUCUUGCGGGCCAUGAAAUUGGUGUUUGGGGAGACUGAAAGCAAUGUAAAGGCCCAUGGGAAAUUUUUUAACACCCUGCAGGCGCCAGGGGAGAAAGUGACCCUUUAUGUGAUCCGUUUAGAGGUGCAGCUCCAGAAUGCUAUCCAGGCAAGAGUCAUACCUGAGAAAGAUGCCAAUGAGGCUCGCCUGCACCAGCUCCUUCUGGGAGCUAAGCUGUCCCGAGAAUUGCGCUUUCGGCUUAAGGAGCUUUUGAGGAUGUAUGAAAAUGAGCAGGAGCAGCUUCCCAAUUUUUUAGACUUAAUCAGGAUGGUCAGGUCAGAGGAGGAUUGUGAUGACACUGUCUUUCAACGAAAACGGCCCAGAAGGUCUGAGUGGGCCAUGGCGAGGGCAGCUAACCCCCUGGCCCUCCAAGAUCCCCAGCCAAUAGUGAUAGGCAGUGCCAUAGAGAUAGAUGAUAACAAGGACUCAGAUGAGGAUGUGAUCCUGGUGGAGCCUGAGGCCCCUCCACUUCCAUCCACGAGUAAGAAUCCCCCUCAAUCCAGGCCCAGACCUCAGGAUCACAUGAUGACCACUGCAUCCCCGAGAGAUUCCAGGGACGAGUUACCUUCCACCAGUGGUGGUUCUGGCCAGAUGAAUGAUGGUCCUGGGAAUAAGCGAAAGUGUAGGAAGCGAAAAUAUACUAUCUGCUGUUCCUACUGUUGCCAGGAGGGCCAUUCCAGAGAAACCUGCUGUGGGAGCAGGAGGUCCCAGAUCUUUGAGAAUAUGGUCAUCACCCUGCAGGAGCUGACACAUACCGAGGAGGAGGGGGAAGAGGAGGAG